UCUCGUUUUAUAGAAAUAUUUGCUGGAAGACGUCAUUACUGGGCUCAACAGCAUCAGACCAGUAGUGGCCAACAUGGCAUUGUACAUGUUGGGAACAGUUUGUACCACAAAGUUCAUCUUAGUAAUCAUGGUCUCUGUUGUGGUAAAGAAGCCACUUUGAAUCUGACCGUGACAUUGAAAGAAGAGAUGAAAAACACCAGUUGGAUCAGGAAGAACUGGCUUCUUGUUGCCGGGGUGACUUUCAUAGGUGUCCAUCUGGGCACAUACCUGCUACAGAGGGCUGCCAAGCAGUCCGUAAAAUCUCAGUCUGGAAGCCAGCAGAAGAGUAUUGAAGAAUGAAGUAAAAUAAAUAUUUGAAAUCA